AUUCUCACACAGCAUUAUGGCCUCAUUCCCUCGCGCCCUCCCGUUCCCCCUCCCCGUACCCGCGCGCCUUUCCCUCAUUGCCCUCCUCGCGCUCAUCGCGCUCCUCCGCCAGGCGGAGGCCUACACCGAGCCGCCGAUCCCCGACGGGUGCGUCGCGGAGAUAGCGGAGGUCGACCGGGAGGCCAUGCGCGCGGUGUACGCGGCGCUGCCGGAGAGGAUGUUCUUCUGGCACGACGGCAUACCGCAGUACAAGCUGUUUGAUGACAGCCACAACGUCUCCUACUGCUGCGUCGCGCCCAAGCCCGCUAAUGUGUCGUGCCGCCUCUGGUGCCCGCUCGAGUGCACGCCCGCCGGCCACAUAACGGGCAUUUUUUCCGACCCGAGCCGCCAGGACAUGCCCGGGCCCGGCGGGAGCGGAGGGAGCUGUCCGCCCGGCGCGCUGUCGCCCGCCAUAGGCGACCUCGCGGAGCUCUCGUCGCUGGUUUUCCGCCACUCGUGCCUCGCCGGCGACUUGCCGGACUCCGUCACGCACCUCCAGAAGCUGACGGAAAUCGAAAUGCCCGAAAACAACUUCACCGGGCCCAUUCCGCCAGGCCUUUUCCGCCUGCCCGCGCUCCGCCACGUGGAUCUCAGCAUAAUUAGUCUUCACUCGUACUUUCAACAUGAAGGCCUUUCGGGGUCCCUUCCCGAUGGGCCCGACGCGUACUCUCCGUCGCUCGAAACGGUCAUCCUGUCCGGCAACGCGCUCUCGGGGGAGCUUCCGCGCUCCCUUCUCCGCGCGCCCGCGCUGAGUCGGUUGGACAUGGAGAGGAACAACAUCACUGGAGAACUCCUGGGGGAGGCGGGCGCGUAUUCGCGGAGCAUUACCGCGCUCAUCCUGCGCAACAACAGCCUGUCCGGCGCCAUUCCGACCGCGCUGGCGGAGAUGACGGCGCUGCGGAAACUCGACCUGGGGUGGAACCGUCUCUCCGGCUCGGUGCCCGCGGCACUGCGCGACUCCGAGUCGCUCACGGAGCUCAACGAGGUGCGACUCGACAGCAACGCGCUCAUCGUGCCGUUCUGCGAGGCGCUGCUGUCGGCGAGCGAGCUCUGGCUGGGCUUCAACGACCUGGGCGGCGCGAGCGCCGGAAGCAGCGCCAGCGCCACCGGCGGCGGCGGCGGGGGUGGCGGAGGUGAGGCGGACGAGGGGGCCUCUCUGCACGGCUGCGUGCUGCCCGCGAAGCUAGAGAGACUAAGCGCGCCGCACGCGGGCCUCCGGGGGAGCGUUCCGACCGACCUGUUCCUCGCGACGAAUGCGCAGUCCGGGCGCAAGCCAUCCAUGGGCGGCUUGGGUAGGUUUAUCCGGAUCGACCUGAGCCACAACAGCCUCUCGGGCAACCUGCGAGCUUUCACGGUGCUUCCGUCCGGGGACUUGGAUCUGUCGCACAACAACUUCUCGGGCAGUAUUCCCGAUGCGUUUUUCAGCGACGACUUCUGGCUCGUGGACCUGCGGUUUAAUGAGCUAUCGGGGCCGCUGUUUGACGCGCGCCAGGUUUGGAGUUACGACUGGGACGUGCUGCGCGUGAGCAACAACAGCGCGCGCAUGGCGGGCGCCGUGGGUGCGGGGUACCUCCCCGCGCCGGCGCCUGGCGUGCAGGCGUCCGCUGCGGAGAUUGCUGCUCUGCUGGCGGUGCACGAUGCGCUCCUGGGGGAAGCAGCGGGGGGAACAGUCGGAGGAGCAGGGGGGGGAACGACGUUGGUGAACGGCGGAAACGGCUCGUGGGCGGAGAUACUGCGCAGCUAG